AUGGCGAAUCAGGUGCAUGUUUCAACUGGCAUUUAUAAAAAGAUUAAAAAUUCAACAACAAAAUUGACUAUGGAGGACGUUGAAAAAAUGAUACUUGCUGCUGCUCAACAAGCCGAUAUUGAUAACUUAAGAAAGCUGAUACAAACGAUGAUAUUCGUGAUCGUUGAAAGACGGAAUUCAAUUAUUCUAGGUGCAAAAUUGGACACUGAAGAAGAAAAGUUUCAACUACCAUCAGAAUGUCUCGGAUUAACUAGACGUAUAGUUCAAUCAACAACAAGAACAGCAACAAUCAUGAUAUUAUUAGCCAAAGAAAUGUUUGAACACGUCAAUGGUAACGAAAGAAUGAUUUGGGCGGCGUCAAACCUAAUGCAUGAGCUGACACAUGCUGUUAGUCAAACUGGAGAGGAUACACCUCAAGAUAAUGAUUUUCUGGUGCAAGAUCAGGGAAAGAAAGAAGGUGGCACAACAUUCGAGCACCAAUUUUUUGGCGGUAUUUUUCAACGUCAGGCAUUUCUUGGUGCCAUUGGUUUAGCAUUAAUACCAGCCGACAUUGUUGAAAGUACUUGGACGGAUAUUAUGGAUUUACACACCCCAGAUGAUGUUAAUGCUACUGAAUUCAAUGAUUAUUUAUUUCAAACCUAUGUAGAUAUUAGUUUAUAUGGAAUUAAUAUAUGGAAUGUGCAUGACGCAAUAAUUAAUGAUUUACCAAGGACAAACAAUCAUGUUGAGGGGUACAAUAGGCGUUUGGAAAGUAAUUUUCCAAAACACCCACAUAUUUAUCAUUUUAUUGAAUUGUUACGUGAUGAACAUUUAUAUCAACAUCACAGAGCUGAAGAAUCAGAUAUGCAAAUAAGGAAACGAAAAAAAUUAUACAAUAAUAUUGAUAGUAAGUUAAAAGAAUUACAUGAAGAACACAUAAAAGGAACAAUAACAAAUGUUUAA